AUGCCUCGUUUAGUUUCUUGUUUGCGGUGUAUGGCGACAGCAGCAGAUGCAGCAGCAGCAGCAGCAGAGCUGCAGCAGCUUCUAGGAAUCCCUAAGGAGACUGAAGAACAGCUGCAUGCACGCCUGUCUCUUCUUGUAAAGCAGCAGCCAGUUAUGCUGUUUAUGAAAGGAAAGAGAGACGCCCCCUUCUGUCGCUUCAGCAAAGCUGUGCUGCAGCUGCUGCAGCAACAGGGAGUCAAACAGUUCGGCACUUUCGAUGUCUUCGACGAUGAAGCGGUGCGUGAAGGGCUGAAGAAGUUUUCGGAUUGGCCGACGUAUCCACAGCUUUACGUCAACGGGGAGUUGGUGGGCGGCUUAGAUGUGCUGAAGGCGAUGGUAGAGGACGGCUCUUUCAAAGGGGCACUGCCUGCUUCUGCAUUUGAGGAUGCUCAGUAA